AUGGCUAGCCCUCCAGUGCUAGCCUUCGAUGCUGAAGGGCGCCCAGUGAAGUUCGACACCUGGCUUGAUGACCUACACCUCUUCCUACAGCUCACUGCCAAGGAACACAUCUCGCUGUACGAUCAUGCCCUAGGCCACGCUACUGCUCCUGCUGCUACUGCCGACAGCACUGCUCGCUCACAGUGGCAGACUCGUGACGCCCAUGCUCGCUUCGCUAUCCGCAACUCUCUGCCGAUAGAUGAGCGCGAGCACUUUGGGCAGCACAAGACUGCAGAGGCACUGUACACUGCUGUCGUUGCCCGCUACUCCUCACCGGCCUCUGCUGCUCUAGGCCGUCUCUCUCUUCCCUACCUGUUCCCCGACUUAGCUUCCUUUCUCACUGUCGCUGACCUCAUUACCCACCUCCGCACUAGUGAGGCUCGCUUCCGCGCCGCUAUGCCUGAUGAGUUCCUCGCCACGAACCCACCCCCGCUCUGGAUCACUCUCUACCACCUAGUCACGCGCCUCCCUGACUCGCUGCGCUCAGGUGUUCUCCCUCCCCCCUUCUUCCCUCUGUCGCCUUUGCUGCUGCUGUCGACCUCCUUGGUGCUGAGAAAGUCGGGACUGCGUCUGCUUCGGGCAGACGCCACAGCGGCAAGGGCAAGGGGGGCAAGAGCGGUGGUGGUGACAGCGGGGGUGGCGGUGGUGGGGGAGGUGGUGGCGGGGGGGGGUGGCGCGGGUGGGGGAGGUGGCAGCGGUGGUGGGGGUGGCGGCAGCGGCGAGGGAGGUGGCCGGGGCGGAGGAGGUAGUGGGGGUGGCGGUGGACGAGGCGGCGGCAGGGGUUGGGGUGGUCGAGGAGGUGGUGGCGGGAGUGGUGGGCGUGGCGGCACUGGCCAGGGACAGCAGCACACUCCCUCGCCCCAGGAGGUCCGUGAGUGGUACUCUCAGCACGGGGGGGGGGGGGGGGGUGGCCUUAGCUGCACGUACGUCAUUCGCACUGGUGACCGCACUGGCCAGCCGUGUGGGGGACCGCACGCCACACAGCGUUGCUUCGCUCGUCUGAGCGACGCUUGGCGUGUUCAGUUCCCUCAGGCCACUGAGCUGCCCCGCUGGCUUGAUCUCCUGAAGAAGGGGAUUGAUAUCUAUGCUCUAGACUUUGAUGCUAUUCUCUCUGCCAUGUAUGUGAUGUCUACUAGUGGAGAGGGUUCUGAGUACCUGAGUGUCCCGCCCGACCCGGGCAUUAGGACAAGUGCGUCUGCUGCUCCAGGUACCCACGUGUCUGCUACCCCAGGUGCUGGUAAGGCUGCUGCUCUAGGUGCGUGCGUGUCUUCCCCCCCUGGUACUGUGUCGACUCCAGCACUGCACACCUUCACGCUGGAUUCAGGUGCCUCUCGCUGUUUCUUUCGUGACCGCACUGCCCUUGAGCCCCUUGCUCGGCCAGUUGCUGUCUCCCUUGCUGACCCCUCUGGGGGUCCGGUCAUUGCGACCUCCUCCACUGUCCUUCCCUGCCCUGCGGUCCCGUCGGGCACACUGUCAGGUCUCCACCUCCCCUCGUUCUCCACGAACUUGGUGGCAGGUUCUGCUCUCCAGGACGGGGGUGUUCACCAGUUCACCCCUGCCUACGAGCGUGUGACACACUGCACGUGUGCUCGUACGGGCCGCCACUUGGCUACCUUCACCCGGCAGCCGGGGUCGGACCUGUACACACUGACUACUGACUCCCCUCAGGUCGCUGCGUCUGCGUCUGCGUUUGCGUCCGCGUCAGGUCAGCUGUCUGCCCCCUGCUCGUGUCGCUCUCUAGCACACGAGACUGUCCUCUGGCACCACCGACUUGGCCACCCGUCUGUGCAGCGCCUUCGUGCCAUGCACUCCCGGUACCUUGUCUCUGGUCUUCCUAGGGUUCUCCCUCCUCUCCCACCCUCACCUGCUCCUCCCUGCCUUCCCUGUGUCGAGGGGCGGCAGCGCGCCGCUCCUCACUCCUCCUCGUUUCCCCCGACGACUGCUCCUUUGCAGACGCUCCACAUGGAUGUGUGGGGCCCAGCCCGCGUCCGUGGUCAGGGUCAGGAGAGGUACUUCCUGAUCGUUGUUGACGACUACUCGCGCUACACCACGGUCUUCCCCUUGCGCACCAAGGGUGAGGUCCCUGAUGUUUUGAUCCCUUGGAUCCGCAGAGCUCGUCUCCAGCUCAGCGAGCGUUUCCGCUCGGACUUUCCUGUCCUGCGCUUGCACUCUGACAGAGGUGGUGAGUUCUCCUCCGACCUCUUGGCAGCCUACUGUGCUGAGCACGGCAUUGAGCAGUCGUUCACGCUUCCGGCCUCUCCACAGCAGAAUGGGGUUGCGGAGCGCCGCAUUGGCCUGGUCAUGGAGGUCGCUCGUACCUCCUUGAUCCAUGCGGCUGCCCCUCAGUUUCUGUGGCCGUUUGCGGUCCGGUACGCUGCGCAUCAGCUCAACCUCUGGCCCCGUGUCUCCUUGCCGGAGACCUCGCCCACACUGCUGUGGACGGGGGAGGUUGGCGAUGCGUCGCGUUUCCGGGUCUGGGGAUCUCGAGCUUUUGUUCGCGAUUCGACUGCGGACAAGCUCUCCUCUCGUGCUGUUCCCUGCGUCUUCCUCGGCUUUGUUCCGGACGCACCUGGUUGGCAGUUUUACCACGCCACCUCGCGCCGGGUCUUGCCCUCUCAGGACGUCACUUUUGACGAGUCUGUCCCCUACUACCGCCUCUUCCCCUACCGCACUUCCCCGCUCCCUCCCCCGCCUCUCUUCCUCGCGCCAGGUGCUGGUGUCGUAGACCCCCUCCCCCCUCAGGGUGCCGCUCCCUCAGCCUGGGGGUGCUGA